ACCAAAGCGUGGAAAUGCUGAAUGAGUGAGAGUGUGUGUAUGAGAGAGGGAGGGAGAGAGAGAGAGGUGGACGAAAUCAAAUCGUAGGGGAGUAAUAAUGUCAAACAAACCAGCAGCAAGAUAAUCCAUUCGGACUGUGCGCCAGGUUUAACAGACUCCCUUUUCGUUUUGGAGCAACUUCGGACAACUCGAUGGGAACCUGAUGACCCGCUGACUGCUCGGAGCUGCGCGACAAGUUGCUGUUGGGGGGGUUUAAAAAGAAGGCUCACUAUUUUUAAAUGGGUACAGAGAAAUUUCGGGGGGCGUGGACGUGAGAGGAGCAGAAGCAGCAGCAGAGCAGCAUGUUGGCUCUUGGCUCCAGUUCCAGUGUGGUGAUGUGCCGCCUGGAAGAAGAAGAAGUGGUCUGCGCGUAGACGGAGCGGUUGGACGCGGAGCCCUGUGAUUGUCAGGCGUCGGCUGCGGACUUUCUGUCAUUUUGAAGAUCUUUUGGUAUUAUUUGGAUUUCGCUUGCUGCCGUUUUGGCGACAGAAAAGGACUUAAGGGGAAGGAGCAAGAGCUGUUAAAGGCUGCCCCGCGUAAGGAAUGAAAUCUGGCCACGCUACUGCUUCAAUGACAGUUUCUUUUUUAAAUAUAUUUGUUUAAUGGAAACGUAAUUAUUGGUUAAGUGGCUGCACAUAGUAAGUCACCGUGGGCUGGUUAAAUCGAUGAUCAAGUAAUGUGGCUUGAAAGCUGCCCUCAAGUAAUCCCCAAGGGUUCUUCAUUUGUAGUCUAAAUACUGACAGGUGUUUGUCAUUCAGACUGUGUCAGAAAAAGUGUUUUAUUCAGUCGUUUUUUUCAGGAUUUCAUCCACAUCAGACUUGGUUAUGGUAACCAGACCUUUGGAAUGGCUCGUGCACAAUUAUUUUGAUCCAGUUAUUUGCGCCUCUCACGCUCAAAGGAAACACGCGUUAUAUUUGACCACCUUACAAUGCGUUUGAAACGCGGAAUGGGAAAGCAACGAUCACUUUAGCGUCUUCUUGCUCUUGAGUUGUAGCCGAUUUGGCAACAGGCAAAAUGACAAGCAACGGACCUGUCAUCGUCUACGAGUGGCUGAAGACCCUCCAGCUUUCCCAGUAUGUCGAGUCCUUUGUGGAUAAUGGAUAUGACGACCUCGAGGUUUGCAAACAAAUAGGAGACCCCGACCUGGAUGCCAUCGGCGUCUAUAUCCCUCAUCACAGGCAGAGGAUUCACGAUGCUGUGCGGAGGCUGAAGGAGGAAGCCAAAGAGACAGCCAGUGGACUGUAUUUCACCCUUGAACCCAUGCCACCCGCGGCCGAAAUUUAUAGCGGGCACCUGGUGGAGUGCGAGUCUAAACUGCGGGGAUCCAAGUCUUGGACCGAGCCCAUCAGUGACCGGGUUGGGCGAAACGGCGGGUACAUUGGGGCGCAGAGGAACCUGACCCUGGGCAACAGGAGGGAGCUGAUGAUUUACCCCAAGCUCAAGCUGAAGAUCAUGAUCAGGGAUAAACUCAUCAGAGAUGGCAUCAACCUCGCCAAGCCGCCCUACUCUAAUAAGGAUGGUUCUCUGGGCAACAUAGAUGACCUUGCACAGGAAUACUCUGAGUACUACAAUACCUGCUUUAGUGACGUCAACGACCGCAUGGAGGAGCUACGCAAACGACGAGUCUCCCAGGAACUCGACAUGGAGAAACAAGACCCAAGCAGCACCUCUCUGCAGCUCCGUAAUGAGAUCCAGGAAUCUUUAGGCUUCAGCAGCGAGGUGUCCACUCCUGAAACGGACAGAAAAAUGUCUCUACACAAGUCCAGCUCUGAAGAUGGAUCUGGAGGUAAAUGGGACAGUAAGAAGAAGAACAAAUCUUUUUGGCAGAACUUCCGCAAAUCUCAGCACAAACCCGUUGUACGACAGACGUCCAAAGGAGAAGAUAUUGGCUACGUGGCCAGCGAGAUCACCAUGAGCGAUGAGGAGCGGAUCCAGCUGAUGAUGAUGGUGAAAGAGAAGAUGAUCACCGUAGAAGAAGCUCUGGCUCGGCUGAAGGAGUAUGAGCGCAGCAGACAGUCCAGCAGUACUGACACUGCAGAGUGGGCUGACGGAUCUGCACCCAAUCUAAACCAGUCCUCAAACUGCAACUCUCGUGAACAGUCAGAUGAUGAGCAAUCAGAGGACUCUGUGAAAUUCAAAAGGCUUCACAAAUUGGUUAACUCGACACGUCGGGUCAGGAAAAAACUCAUCAAGGUGGAGGAGGGCAAGAAACAUGCCUCCGAAGAUUUUAUGAAUCUGGAGACACCUCCCACCUGUGAAGACAACACCGCUCUGUACACUGGGGUUCUAAAGAAGCCCCCUUUACACCAGGAGGCGUCUCUGCCCUCACUCACCCAUGACCAGCUUUCUCUGGAUGGAGACACAGAUGGCCUGACGACCUCCCCUUCCUCCAGCAGUUUGGACACCUGGUCUGGACACAAGCUGGUGAAAACGUUCAAUAAGUCUUCUAGUACCCACGGUCUUAUCCGGCCCCCCAGGAGGACCCCAGCGGGCUCCAGUGCCCUGGGAGGCUCUAUUCCUGGUGUGACAGGUAGUGGCUCCUCCUUCUCAGAGCUCGAUGGCUGUGGAUUGGACGAUGAUGGAAAGCUGUCACGCUCCACAACUGAUGGCGAGAUGAGGAAGGCCCUGAACUCCAUCUCCCAUGGGGUAAGUAGCAACGAGGCCCUGUAUGCUUUCUAUGGCCUGACUAAACCUCGCCCCAAACCCCAUUCCCAGUCCCGCCUUCUGAUCUCCCUGGAUGACGGUCCGCAAGGCAGCCCCAAACAUCAACCUGCCAGCCGGCACCACGGCAGCUGGACGCACCGGAAACCUGAUCCCAACUAUGCAUACUCCACCAAGCACCUCCUGUACCAGCGCUCGCGCAAUGCUAAGUCCCCCGUUUCUCCCCUGUCAGUCACCCCAUCCUCCCCCGUCCGCUGUGAUGUAUCCAAAUCAAAGGUUUUUGGAAGUGGGGGAGGGGGCUGGGUGUUCCCCUCUCGCAGGCUGCGUGGGCGAACAGCAGUCAGUGAGCUCAACAUCACCUAUGUGGUAGAGCGGAGCCUGUACGGUCACCUCAACUGGGCACAGCUGGUCCGCCCGGUUACACUCAGCCGCGCUGAGCGGCGCUGUCUAUUGGAGGAGGACCGUGAGGCGGACAGGAAGUGGGCGGCCAGCGUGGACCGCUGCACCAAGCGUGUGCUCUUGCGCAUCCAGCAGAAGUCUAGAACAUGCAGCUUUGGAGGCUUUGACCUGUCCAACCGUUCCCUCCAUGUGGUCAACGCAGGCAAUGAGGCCAAUAGUAAAGAGCAGGAGGCAAUAUACAGAGAAGUGGUCAAAUCCCCCACUACGUCUCGGAUUUCACUGGGCAAGAAAGUCAAGUCAGUGAAAGAGACGAUGAGGAAGCGCAUGUCGAAGAAGUACAGCAGCUCUCCUUCUGAGCAGUCCAGUCCAGAUGCAGCCCCUGGUUCUCCACAAUCCCCUCUGCCUGACACAGACUCUCUCGAGAAACCGAAGCUUAAGGCCGGAGGUUCUGUGGAAAGCCUGCGCAGUUCACUCAGCGGACAGAGUUCAAUGAGUGGUCAGACGGUGAGCACCACCGACUCAUCAACCAGUAACAGAGAAAGCGUGAAGUCGGAGGACGGCGAUGACGAGGAGCCUCCUUAUAGAGGACCAUUCUGUGGCCGUGCCAGAGUCCAUACAGACUUCACUCCUAGCCCCUACGAUACGGACUCCCUCAAACUGAAGCGUGGGGAUGUGAUUGACAUCAUCAGCAAGCCUCCAAUGGGAACGUGGAUGGGCCUGCUGAACAACAAAGUAGGCACCUUCAAGUUCAUCUAUGUGGAUGUGCUGACUGAAGAAGAGGAGAAGCCCAAAAGGCCAGUUCGGAGGAGGAGGAAGGGCCGGCCACCCAAACCCACUUCAGUGGAGGAGCUACUGGAUCGUAUCGAUCUCAAGGAUUACAUGCCCACUUUCUUGUUCAAUGGCUACGAGGACCUGGACACGUUCAAGUUGCUGGAAGAAGAGGACUUGGAUGAACUGAACAUCAGCGAUCCUCAGCACAGAGCUGUACUGCUCACUGCAGUGGAGCUGCUGCAGGAGUAUGACAGUAGUAGCGAUCCAGAGCGCAGUGGAAUGUCAGGUUCCCAGGAAAAGCUGCUGCUGGAGGGUCGGAGCAUAGUGGGAGACUCCCCACGGGAUUCUGGGUGCUACGAGAGCAAUGAGAACCUGGAGAAUGGUAAAAGCAGGAAAGCAACCAGUCAUUUUUCAGCAGGACACCAGUCUCCAGAUUACCCAACACUGCCCAUGACUCUUUCUACAGAGGCUCUUCAGCAGAACAGCAAAAAUCAGCGCACAAAGUUUCCAAAAAGUUUCUUCAUCAAGCCCUCCCUUAAGGGCUUCAACCUGCUCGGGCUGCGAAAAGCCCAAAGACGGUCUCCAAUCCCAGCCAGCCGCAGCUGCGAGGACCUUGAUGGUCCCCCGCAGCCCACCGGACCCUGGAAGCGCUCCCACUCUCUGGGAGAUCUGCAGAACUUUGAGCAGAAGAACGAUCUCAGUGUGGAGCUUAAGCUUAGUAAGGAAAUACCCAAAUCAGGCAAAACUAGCCCCAUCAAGCCCUGUAGAGACGCCGUUUCUCCAGCUCAAAAUGGGACUCCAACGGUUAGUCCUAAAGGAAGGGCUGAUAGGCCGCCAGUACCCUCACAGCUUCGCCUACGCUCUUCUUGUCCAACAUCAAUGUUCUCCAACCCUCCAGAGCCCCUUUCCAGCCCCACUCCAAGUCCUCCUGAUUCUAGUGCUAGUGGGGAGAGGGUGAUGCGGACUCACCCCAAAAAGCCUCCCAUCCCUCCCCCUGUGCCUGCAAAGAAAUCUAGAGAGAGACUAGUCAAUGGCCUUCGUCACCCCCCUCUCUCCCUUCCCUCCUCGCCAUCCCCUACCGCCUCGCCUACUCACUCCUUCAAUCGCUCUCAACCCAGCAGCCCUAUAAUCCGCAGCCCUGGCCUGAGUGCCCCUGCUCUGCCUCCCAAGACCCCAAGUACUCCAGCCAGUCCAUGUGCCACCUCAUCAGCCUCAUCCAUGGGCGAGGAAUCCGGCACUCCACCAGCGGUGCAGCCUCCCUGGCUCUCGGAUCUUGGAAGCAAGAUGGCUGUUACGAGGAAACUUUCCCAUACCAAGACAGGUCCUGAUCUUUUUACCCUCCUGGAGCAACGGCUGCAGAGUGAGGGCAUUGAUCUUACCGAGGAGCCCUACUCUGACAAGCACGGCCGAUGCGGCAUCCCCCACCCGCUGGUACAGCGUUACUCCGAGGAUCUGGAGCAGCCAGUCAAAGACGUGGCGUCUACCAUAGACCAGUUCAGAGUCAAAGAGCUCCGUAAACAACACCGCAUGGCUAUCCCCUCUGGAGGUUUGACGGAGAUGUGCCGAAAGCCUCCCACCUUAGGAAACAUCAGCACCGUCUCCGAUUGGCUCAUCUCCAUCGGCCUACCCAUGUACUCCACAACUCUGGCAACAGCAGGGAUUGACACGCUGAGCCGCGUGGCCUUGUUAACCGAGAGCAGUGCGUGGGAAGCUGGGGUGCGGGACGAACGUCACGUCCGCCGCCUGAUCUGUGAGGCGCGAUCGGUCCACGCACACAGAGAGGUUCAGUCGUAAGCAUGCUGGUGGAGUCGAGUCGCAUCAACUCACUGAUCCGCACCAUCUCGUGGUCAGUAGGUGGCCUUGGGUAAAUUGGCCCUCACGACACUACAGCGUUUCUUCUCGCACAUGUUAAAGACAUAUCCUGCUCUCUGAUUUUUUUUUUUUCCUUUCUCUUUUAUCACGCUGUCUUUUUUCCAAAUGUUUACGACAUCGAGGAGUUCCUCCAAACAGCCAAGACAAGAUAUCAGAUGCCUUUAAAAGAAAAAAGACAAAAAAGACUGUAGACUCACUGUGUGGGAUGACUUCCAUUCUGAAGACGUCUCCCAAAGUCUUAAAAUAAAGACUUGGAUCUGCCUUUAAGGAAGAUAGCACACGGGUUGGUUUUUUUUGGGUUUUUUUUAAG